AUGCCCCAGCUACACCCACAUCCACCACCAAGCCCAUACCCAACCUUCGCCAUGCAAGCCUACUCAAUCCACAAUGUGCAACCAGUUUGCAGCAUGAGGGACCAGGCCAUCACCUCACUGUCAGCAGUGUUAAGGCAUGUUAGGGUGCUAAUCAACACAGCACCACAGCCUGAAGAGAGCUUGGAGGCAAUAUAUGAGUGGGCAGAGGACUGGGACCAGACCUGGGCUGGGAUCUACUCAUGGUGGAAGUAUGUCAAUGAGAACAAGAUCUCUAUCCUUAAGGUGCACAAUGCCAACCUAUGUGACAUGACUGAAGAAUCUGCGAUACAGAAAAAUGAGGCAAUCCCCACAGCAAUAGCAAUAGCAGAUCUCCAGCAGCCAGAAGGGCAGUGUAGGUUCAACAUCAAUGACCUUUUUGAGGACUACCAGGAGCAGGUAGAGGAGAGAGCAUGGUUGGAGGCCAAGAGGUUAGCCAAGGCACCAUCCAUGUGCACCUGGGGCCAAGCAGCAAGAGGUGAGGGCCAAGACUGCACACCAGAAGAUACCAAAGGAAACCCAUCAAGAGGAGUUGCAUGCUCAACAGGGGAGGGCCCUGGUAGUGCAAGCAAGAAAAAAGGGAAGCAGAAGGAGGAUGAGCUGGCUGAUGACAUUGACAAUGACAAGGGCAAUGGCAAACCAGGUCCAUCCACAAAGGGACCUCAUGCAGCUGGGGACAAUGAGCCCUGUGAGACAUGUGCCCAGGAAGGCAAAACACAAGUGCUUGUGCUCUUGAGGCAUAGGGAGAAAGUGAAAGAACUCCAGUACCAUUGGGGAGGCAGGGCCAUCCCACAAACAAGUCAAAUCAUUUAUGACCUCAAAGUUGGCCCCAGCAGAAUCUGUGACCGAGCCUGCCAAGAAGCUUACUCUAAAAAUUCCAGCUUGAAAACAGCAGCCUGA